UGUAAACGCUUAUUUCUAGGAUGCAUCUGGAGAAACUUGCGCUGGUUUUGUCUGCUGUUAUCGUAUGCGCCCUUUCUUCACAGUUUCUUGACCAGGAAUGGAAAGCGUGGAAAUCUAAAUAUGAAAAGAAUUAUAGCACUUUUCGUGAUGAGAUGUUCCGGAGAAAGGCUUGGGAGGCAACCUGGCAAAAAGUCCAGAAACACAAUAGACUGGCUGACCAGGGUCUGUCCAGAUACAGAAUGGGCAUGAAUAAGUUUGCAGAUAUGACACCAGAGGCACGUAGUUCUAGUAGCUGCUAUCAUUCAAAUAGAAGGUCAACAUCCAGGAACAACGUACCUCUUUGGUCUUACUCCGAAACUGACAUACCAGAAUCGAUGGACUGGAGGGAAUCAAAUUGUGUGGGCCCUGUCAAAAAUCAAGGGCUUUGUGGAUCCUGCUGGGCAUUUGCCACCGUGGGUGUAUUCGAGACACAUUAUUGUCUCAAAGCCAAAAAGCUGGUUGAAUUCAGUGAGCAGCAGCUUGUAGACUGUGAUGGCGAUAAUGACGGUUGCUGUGGAGGAUUUCCAGAUACAGCCAUGGCGUAUGUUGCAAGUCACGGUAUGAUGAGUGCCGAAGAUUAUGAAUAUUCAGGGAAGAAAUCAAACUGUUUAUUUGACUCUGAUGAUGCAGUAUUCCUGAAUGUGACCACGUAUUACACUCUGCCUGGAGAACAGAAUAUGGCAAUGUCCGUGGCAACUAAUGGACCCAUAGCAGUUGGAAUUGAUGCAAGUGAUGACUUUUCACUGUAUUGCAGUGGUAUUUUUGAUGGCAAAUGCACUAAAAAGCCAAACCAUGCCGUCAUUAUUGUGGGGUAUGGUACAGAACAUGAUGCAGAGUCCGAUGAAGAUAUAGAUUACUGGAUAGUAAGGAACAGCUGGGGCGAAGACUGGGGUAAUGAUGGUUAUGUGAAGAUGAGGCGUAAUGUGAACCUGUGUGGUAUAGCAAAAGAUGCUUCCUCUGUGGACCUGAUACGCUAACUCCUCAGUGUCUGAAGAAUCAACCUGAUCAAUUAGACAUGUCAUAAAGCAAAUCCUCAUACACAAGCUACAGUACCUUCGGCUGAAUCUCCUUGAGCUUAGCAAUAUGAAUUACAUUAAUUGGCAUUGUUAUUGUGCUUUUUGUAAUGAAUAAAUAAAAUGCAUAAAAAUGUUGAUAUUAAAGUUC